AUGGGUCAGAGGGCAGGGACAGAGCGGUUUUGGUGUCUCCCGGCAUCCAGGCAGGGCCAGCCCAGCCCCGGGGUUUCUGAGGGGCUUGUGGGUGUCCCUCGUUUUUGGGACAUCCCCACUGGAGGAGGGUGUCCCUCCAUUGCUGCAGCCCCAGCCCUCAGGCAGCCCUCAGCCAAGCAGAGAACGCUGGCCCAGGUGCACAGGCACUGCCGGCACAGCCUCGAGGUGUCCACCCCAUUCCUGGUGGGCCGCAGAGUGCCCCCCAGCGUGUCCAUCUUGCUGGUGCCCUCGAGCUCCCAGCCCGGCCCCGGCCGCCUGCUCUGCUCCGGGAUGGAUUUCUACCCUGUGCAGGUGCAGCUCAGGUGGUUCCAGGAGCUCUCGGGGCACGUGGUGGCCACCGACAUUGUCCCCAACGGGGACUGGACCCACCAGCUCCUGGUGCUGCUGGAAACUCCCCAGCGCGGGGUCAGCUCCAGCUGCCGGGUGGAGCACAACAGCCUGGAGCAGCCCCUGAGCCUGCACUGGGGUACAGCCCGGCCCCACAGCUCCGGGGGGAGCGGGGCAGGCACUGGGGGCACUGGGAAGGGGUUUGAAGGAUGUUGGGGAGGGUGA